AUGAUGAAAAUGAAGAAGAAGGUGAUGACAAUACUAAUGGUGCCAUAUCCAGCGCAAGGCCAUCUCACUCCCAUGCUCCACCUCGCCUCUUCCUUCCUUCACCUCCAUGAUCACAACGAUUACUACACCUUCUCCCCAGCUCUUCUCCUCCCUCACUUCCUCCACCGCCAGAUCUCCGCCGCCACCACCACCAACGUCGACCCCCGGAUUUUCCUCGUCCCCAUUCCGCCGCCGGACGAGGAGGAACAAUCCGCCGCCGCUCCACCGCCGCCCGGUGAUUUCUUCGCCAUAGACAAGGCCAUUGAGGAGAUCACCACCGCGGCGGGGCAGAUGGAGGCGGUGGUCCGUCGCUACGUCGUCAUUAAUGAUGAAGAUGCAGCUGGAGUUUGUAUGGUGGUUGAUUUGCUGGUGUCCUCCGCCAUCGACGUGGCUCGGAGGUGCGGCGUUCCGGUCGCCGGGUUCUGGCCCGCCGCUCUUCUCACUUACCGGUUGAUCGCCGGCAUCCCACGUUUGGUCGCCGCCGGCAUCAUUCAUCCCCAUUCAGGAAUCCCUAAACAUCCAGGAGCUCCCAUCAUCGACCUUCUACCUGACCAGCCACCUCUGUCAACAGACGAUCUCCCAUGGCUGAUCGGAAGCCCAGCUGCAAGAAAAGCCCGGUUCAAAUUCUGGACCAAGGCCUUAAACCGCUCCACAACCCUCCAAUGCCUGCUAGUCAACUCCUCCCCUGACGAAUUCCAUCACCACCAGCAUCAACAGCCGCAAGUUCUGCAAAUCGGACCUCUGACAGCUCAACAAACCCCAAUCGCCAGCAGCAGCAGCAGCAGCAAUCGCAUCACCUUCUGGGACCAAGACUCCUCCUGCCUGCAAUGGCUGGACACCCAGAAGCCCAAUUCCGUCCUCUACAUCUCGUUCGGCAGCUGGGUCGGCCCAAUCGGAGAGCCCAAAGUCCGGUCCCUGGCAACCUCGCUAGACGCGAUCGGGAUCCCGUUCCUCUGGGUGCUGGGUCCGACGUGGAGGCAGGGGCUGCCACGUGGGUUCGAGCACGACCUGUCGGUCAGCCAGCGUGGCAGAUUGGUGACGUGGGCGCCGCAGAUGGAAGUGUUAAAACACGGUGCGGUUGGGUGCUACCUCACGCACUGCGGGUGGAAUUCCACGGUGGAAGCCGUACAGUGCCGGAAAAGGAUGCUGUGUUUUCCGGUGGCCGGCGACCAGUUUGUGAACUGUAGGAACAUCGUGGAGAAAUGGCGGGUUGGGGUGGAGCUGAGUGGGUUUGGGAGGCAGGAAUUGGAGGAAGGGUUGGAGAAGGUCAUGGGAGAUUGUGAGAUGAAUGGUAAAUUGGAGAGUUUGUAUGAAUUGAGUUUGGGCAAGGAAGCUAAAUGUAGGGCUGUAGCAAAUCUCAUUGCCUUUGUUGAUCUCCUCAUUUGA